AUGGCCCUUGACAUCGUGGCCGUGGUCUUCACUGGGGGCACUUCCGCUGUAGCGAAGGCUGGCGCGAAGGCGGCGGCGAAGGCUGCCAUGAAGGCCGCAGCGAAGAAGGCCGCGAUGACGGCCGGCAAGUCCCUGGUCACUAGGGCUGCGUCGUCCUGGGCCAAGGCUUUCGUAAAGAAGGCGGCCAAGCAGAGCAUGAAAGGGCGUCUCAAGAGGCAGGUGGCCAAGGACUUCACCAAGGAGUGGUCCAUCAAAACCGUGAGGGAGAAGAUCAAGUUGAUGGCAAGGGAGAAGGUCCGUGACGCCAUCACAGAUGCACUCACCGGCGCAGCCUGCGAAAACCUUCUCGGUGACGUUUUCGACGAGCACAUUGAUGACCCUUCAUGGGUCUCCGACCCCGAGUUCAGAUGGGGUGAUGGUCAGGGUCCCUCUGGCUACCUGGAGACCGUCGAUAUCACAGGUAUCGUGGGUCUGGUGGGGAUCUUCCAUGAGGCCGACUGCCCCGCUCCCGUUCCGGCGAAAGUUGCCCACGCUAGGCUAGUGGUGCUCAUAAGGGUGCCUCUAUAUAUGAAACGCGGGCUUUGCGACGCCUUUGGCAAGCUGCCCAGCUUUUGUUUUUGUAUUAGUCAUAUUAGUCCUUAG